CAGUCCACUAUGUUGCAAGGCUUUCCGUUAGUAGCGCACCAUCAUCUGCACCUGCCUACUCCGUUGUUGUGGUUGGAGCGCUGGGAGGGGUCAUUAUUUUGCAGGGAGCUGUAGGAGGAGGAGGCACUUCCGAGACACCGACAGAAGCGUGUAGCUUUUAGAUUCAGCACCACAAGACUGAGGAAAGCGUCCGGAUUGAGUCUAUUUGCACGUUUUGCUGUGGCUUUACUGAAUAGGAGGCCCCCCCACCCCCUUCGUUUUCUGUUUGGGAAAUACUCAGUGAGGACAGGCGCCGUGAGUAGUUUGUGGACCUACAAGAGGUGUCAUCUCCAACGGUUAAAGAGACCAUGACGACCGCCACCUCCCCUAUCCUAUUGAAAUGGGACCCAAAGAGUCUUGAAAUUCGCACCUUGACUGUGGAGCGGCUUCUGGAGCCCCUGGUGACACAGGUGACUACUCUGGUGAACACCAGCAACAAAGGGCCAUCCAGUAAGAAGAAGGGACGCUCUAAGAAGGCCCACGUCCUGGCAGUGUCUGUUGAGCAGGCUACCCAGAACUUUCUCGAAAAGGGAGAGCAGAUUGCCAAAGACAGCCAGGACCUCAAGGAGGAGCUUAUUGCUGCUGUGGAGGAUGUUCGUAAGCAAGGAGAAACCAUGCGUAUUGCCUCGUCGGAGUUUGCCGAUGACCCGUGCUCCUCUGUGAAGCGUGGCACCAUGGUGAGGGCUGCCCGCGCCCUGCUCUCUGCUGUCACUCGCUUGCUCAUCCUUGCUGACAUGGCUGAUGUCAUGAGGCUGCUGGCCCACCUUAAAAUUGUGGAAGAAGCCCUGGAGGGAGUAAAGAAUGCUACCAAUGAGCAGGAUCUGGCCAACCGGUUCAAAGAGUUUGGGAAAGAGAUGGUGAAGCUUAACUAUGUGGCAGCCCGGAGACAGCAGGAGCUGAAAGACCCCCAGUGCCGAGAUGAGAUGGCAGCUGCACGUGGGGCCCUUAAGAAAAAUGCCACUAUGCUGUAUACGGCUUCUCAGGCCUUUCUGCGCCAUCCAGACGUGGCAGCCACACGGGCCAAUCGAGACUAUGUGUUUAAACAGGUCCAGGAGGCCAUAGGAGGCAUCUCAAGUGCUGCACAGGCCACCUCACCCACUGACGAGAAGCAUGGCCAUGCUGGCAUUGGAGAACUUGCUGCUGCCCUUAAUGAAUUUGAUAACAAGAUCAUCCUGGACCCUCUGACAUUCAGUGAGGCUCGUUUCCGUCCGUCUCUGGAGGAGCGCUUAGAGAGCAUCAUCAGUGGCGCUGCAUUAAUGGCUGACUCCUCAUGCACACGCGAUGACCGCCGUGAACGGAUCGUGGCUGAAUGCAACGCCGUUCGACAGGCCCUUCAAGACUUGUUGAGCGAGUACAUGAACAAUACUGGCAGAAAAGAGAAAGGUGACCCACUGAACUCAGCCAUUGACAAAAUGACCAAAAAGACCAGGGACCUGCGAAGACAGUUGAGGAAGGCAGUGAUGGACCACAUCUCAGACUCUUUCCUAGAAACCAACGUCCCUCUGCUGGUGCUUAUUGAAGCAGCUAAGAGUGGAAACGAGAAGGAGGUCAAGGAGUACGCCCAGGUGUUCCGUGAGCACGCCAACAAGCUGGUGGAGGUGGCCAACUUGGCAUGCUCCAUCUCCAACAAUGAAGAGGGCGUGAAGUUGGUACGAAUGGCCGCCACCCAGAUCGACAGCCUGUGUCCACAGGUCAUCAAUGCUGCACUCACUCUGGCUGCCCGUCCCCAAAGCAAGGUGGCCCAGGACAACAUGGAUGUUUUCAAAGAUCAGUGGGAGAAACAAGUGCGCAUCUUGACUGAGGCUGUGGAUGACAUCACUUCUGUGGAUGAUUUCCUUUCUGUGUCAGAGAACCACAUCCUUGAGGAUGUCAACAAAUGUGUAAUAGCUCUCCAAGAGGGCGAUGUGGACACUCUUGACCGAACUGCUGGAGCUAUCCGGGGCCGAGCUGCUCGCGUGGUCCACAUCAUUAACGCUGAGAUGGAAAACUAUGAGCCCGGGGUCUACACCGAGCGUGUGCUGGAGUCCAUCAAGCUCCUGUCUGAGACUGUAAUGCCCCGAUUUGCUGAACAAGUGGAAGUAGCUAUCGAGGCACUGAGUAUGAACCCCCCACAACCCUUUGAGGAGAACGAGUUCAUUGAUGCAUCCCGUUUGGUCUACGAUGGCGUCCGCGACGUCAGGAAAGCCGUCCUCAUGAUAAGGACACCAGAGGAGCUGGAAGAUGAUUCUGACUUUGAACAGGAGGACUAUGAUACUCGCAGCAGGACUAGUGUCCAGACUGAAGAUGACCAGCUUAUUGCUGGACAGAGUGCCCGGGCCAUCAUGGCACAGCUUCCCCAGGAGGAGAAGGCAAAGAUUGCUGAGCAGGUGGAGAGCUUCAGACAGGAAAAGUGCAAGUUAGACGCAGAAGUUGCCAAGUGGGACGACAAUGGCAACGACAUCAUUGUGCUCGCCAAGCAGAUGUGCAUGAUCAUGAUGGAGAUGACAGAUUUCACCAGAGGCAAAGGCCCCCUGAAGAACUCCUCAGAUGUGAUCAACGCGGCUAAGAAAAUUGCAGAGGCUGGUUCCAGGAUGGACAAAUUGGCCCGUGCUGUUGCAGAUCAGUGCCCUGAUUCAGCAUGCAAGCAGGAUCUGCUGGCUUACCUUCAGAGGAUUGCCCUGUACUGUCAUCAGCUCAACAUCUGCAGCAAGGUGAAAGCUGAGGUCCAGAAUCUGGGUGGAGAGCUCAUCGUGUCUGGGCUGGACAGCGCCACCUCCCUGAUCCAAGCGGCCAAGAACCUAAUGAAUGCAGUGGUGCUGACUGUAAAGGCGUCUUAUGUAGCUUCCACCAAGUACCAGAAGGUGUACGGAACAGCGGCUGUUAACUCGCCCGUUGUGUCUUGGCGCAUGAAGGCCCCCGAGAAGAAGCCUCUGGUAAAAAGGGAGAAGCCCGAGGAAUGCCAGACUCGUGUACGACGAGGCUCCCAGAAGAAACACAUCUCCCCCGUCCAGGCCCUCAGCGAAUUCAAGGCCAUGGACUCCUUCUAAGAAGAAAGAGAAAAACGAAAAAAGAAGUCAUGCUUAAGAAAAACAACUCAACAUGACGGCGAGAAGUUGAUGAAAAAGUUCCCUUUUUACAUUGUGUUAACCCAGCUCUGUUUGCCCUGUGUGUGCUUGGUGACACCUCAGGAGGACUACAGUAUAUAUUAAAACUGCCACACUGUGGCUCCUGUUAACACUGUGGUCCUCAUGGCUCACAGACAGCCAGCACACAACCCAACAGUAUUUAUCGAUCUUAUUGUAGCUUAAUAUGUGAGAGCCAAAAUGUGACAAAGACAGAACGACAUUUUGAAAAUAUGGAAGUUAAAAAACAAAAAAAAGGGGAAAGAAACAUAUCAGAGGAGGAAGUGAGGCAUUUAAAAAAAAUAAUUAAUCGUGGCAGUUGAUAUUCUAGCUGUAUCAUUAAUGUGCUACUGACUGGCUGCUUGUAUACACACUUAAACAGUCUCAAUGGAAAUCUUACAUGGUUCAGUAAAGGAGUUGCUCUAAGCGAAGGAUAUCAGUGGUGGUAUGAUCCUUGAUGACUUUGUUUUUUUUUUCAAUUUGAAUGUUAACCUGUAGUGCUAGGAAUAACCUAUGUUUAAAAUACCUGGAAGUGUCAGCAUCCGAGUAGUUCCCCCAUUCCCGAUGAUUAUAAUAAUAAUAAUAUUAAUAAUAAUCCAUAUGGUGUUGUUUUUUUUUUACCAAAGCACACUUAUGGUCUAUUGUAUUGCCUUUUUAAACCCCUUUUCUUGAAUGGUAACGUCACUAACUAUGAUGACCUUGUUUGGAAGUCGUGUAGCGUAUAAUAUAGACAGAGAGGUUUGACUAGUUGUGGUUUGCUCAGAGAAUAGAACCCCUGCAUACGAUACCUUUAUAUCCACCCUUCUCUAAUAAAUCCCCCAACUUGA